AAAACACAACUGGAAUUAUUUCCCGCCCUGGGAAACCACCUUCAUCAGCUGAGAGAGAACUGUGCCUUUAUACAAAUGGAAAUCAACCAAUCAAAACUGCAUCAACGCCUCUAGUUAUGAUCCCUUCAAAGUGAGCUCCAUUCGUCUCAUACAUGUAGUUUAAUGUGGUGAUCUUCACUAUUAAAAAGCCAUGUUAUCAUUACACUUAAAUGGCUCCAUGUCAGAGGACUCGGACAGUGGGAACUGCACGGGCAGAGCCACAGGUGAGCAAACUGAGAUGAACGUGGACAGCCCUGCCAAACUCAUCCAAGACUGUCCAGAGGAACUGAUGAAGAGUGAGGAGGAGGGUUGUGAACACAUACAGGACAAUCUCAACUCUUCCCUGUGUCUCAAGAAGCUGGCAGAGAGCUUCAAUGAGGGGAUCGAUAAUCCAACUUUUGAUGGAAUGGAUGUUGCCAUGGAAACCAAGUCAAUAUCAGGAGACAAGACUACAACAGAGCUAGAAGAGUUACUUGUAUCUCUGCAGCAUCUGCAGGAGCGUCUGACUGAUUCUGACAGUCAACAGGACGUUCAGCUGCUCAUGGAGCUUCUGCUGCAGAGUGAUUUCCAGAAGGCGUUCAGUAUGCACCGCAGCGUGGCUCUGAGUAUGAGAUGCCUCUUCCCUCCAUACCCACUCACUGCACGAGCUCAACAGCUCAGAGACGAGGUGGAGACUGUCCUUCAGUGCAGUAAACAGACUGAAGCCACAGAACUGACAGGUCUGUUAAAUUCACUACACCUAAAGGCUCUGAUGGAAGCUCAUGACUGUAUUGCUGAGCAGGAGUUUGAUGUUGAGUCUAAUAUAGCCGAGAGCCAGUAUGGGAAGACCACAAAACUGGUGUGUUUGGAGAAAACUCUUGACAUGCCUCUGGGUGUGACUGUUCGAAAUGAACAUGACCAGGUGAUCGUCAGUCGGGUGGUUAGUGGUGGAACGGCAGAGAAAAGCAGUUUGCUCAGUGAAGGAGAUGAAAUCCUGGAGAUCAACAAUGUUCCGAUUCGUGGGAAAAGUGUCAAUGAUGUUCACAACAUCCUAUCCAGCAUGCACGGGGCUCUCAUGUUUCUACUCAUCCCAAACUCUCAAAACAAAAUAUCCACUCACACUCAGUCUGUGAUGCACAUUAAGGCAAACUUUAACUAUGACCCAUCUGAUGACCGAUACGUGCCGUGCAGAGAGCUGGGUCUGUCCUUCCGAAAGGGAGACGUCCUUCACGUCAUUAGUCAAGAUGACCCCGACUGGUGGCAGGCGUACAGGGAUGGAGAUGAAGACCAGAAGCCCCUCGCUGGUCUUAUACCUGGGAAGAGCUUUCAACAGCUGAGAGAAGCCAUGAAGAAAACCAUUACAGAUCGGAAUCAAGAACAAAAAGGGAAACUUUGGUGUGCAAGAAAAAAUAAAAAUCAACGAAAAAAUCUCUUGCAUAACCCCAGAAAUACUAUUGAACAUUACAGUGAAGAUAUUCUGACCUAUGAGGAGGUGGCAUUAUACCACCAGCCAUCUGAUCGCAAGCGUCCCAUUGCCCUGAUUGGUCCACCGAACAGUGGACAUGAUGAGCUGAGACAGAGACUGCUGUCUUUAGAGCCCACCCGAUUCACCGGCGCUGUUCCACACACCACACGAAACCCACGCAUGCACGAAGUGAACGGAAGGGAAUAUCACUUUGUGUCACGGCAGAACUUUGAAUCUGACAUGAGUGCAGGGAAAUUCAUCGAGUCGGGCGAGUUUGACCAGAAUCUUUACGGCACAAACACAGAUUCAGUCCGGCAGGUCAUCAACUCUGGGAAAAUAUGUGUGCUGUGCCUGCACCCCAGGUCCCUGGGGGUGCUGCGUUCCUCUGAUCUCAAGCCUUACAUCAUCUUCAUCAGGCCUCCUCUUCCUCCUCAGGAGCGACUGCCCACCCUGCGGACCAGAGGAGGGAAAAAACACAUGCCAGGGGACGUGAGUGCGAUACAGAUCUCGGAGAAGGCUCGUGAGAUGGAGCACAGCUACGGUCACUUGUUUGACACUGUCAUUACAAACAGCGAUCAGGACAAGAGCGUCUUUGAGCUGCUGCAACUUAUUGAAAAACUGGACACUGAACCGCAGUGGGUUCCAUCGGCCUGGGUCUAUUAAAACUCUCUCAAUCAAUCAAGAACAGCUUCCAUUCAGAAGGAAUGGUGCAUUUUCAGUGUUCAAGGCAAGAAAUUAGUUUACAUGUAAUGUUUGGAGAGCGUACGACUGACAAGUUCUGACGAGUCCAACUGUUUUGAGAUCAGAUGAUAAAAGAGUUGAGAGGCCAUGAGAAGUAUGUUCUAAAUGGCUUUCUACUAUUCUACUCGUACUGUUUUUGCAGUAGAUUUACAGUGCACAGUAUGCAUACUGUAUUUACUGUCAAAUCUGCUGUUAUUUUAAUUCAAUACAAUCUACUGGACUCAUUAUUUGAUUGUACUGCCAAAAGUUAAAACAUUUUGGUAACACUAUAGAAUAAGGUUGUAUUCGUCAACAUUCGUGAACAUGAACUAAUAACGAACAAUUAUUUUAAAACACUCAUUAAUCUUGGUUAAUGUUUGUUUACAAAUAUACAAAUGCAAUUGUAAAAUUAGAAGUUGUAUAUGUUUACAUUACUUAAUGCAUUCUAAAUGUGAACAAAGAACAAUUGUAUGUGUAUUACAAUAAUUAACCACGAUUAAUAAAUGCUGUAAAAAUAUAUUGUUCAUUGUUAGUUCAUGACACACAAUGCAUUAACUAAUGUCAUUGACGGCCUUAGCUAUGUUUCACCCGUUUCAAUUGAAAUGGGCCCCGCCCUCCAAAGAGCCCCCAACUGACAUGCCAGAAUUGAAUAAUUCACCCAAAAUGAUAUACUGUGUAUGUGUGUGUGUGUGUGUGUGUGUGUGUAUAUAUAUAUAUAUAUAUAGCUAUAUUGUGCUAAAAGAGCGUGAAGCACAGUUCAUUGUAAAUUACCAGCAGUUUCAGACAUUUUUAAUUCCCAAGCAAAAUAUGUUAUUGCUGUUGUUAAUUUAAUAUGAGGGAAUUGUUUAAGCUGUUUUUAUGUCAGCUGAUACAUAACGCAUAGUGCUAUUCAGUGCCGAGUAGUAGUUGUCGAAGGGCGAGGCUUUUCCUUGUUCCAAAGCAAAAAUAAUGGCAUUGUUUCAGUUCUUAAUUAAAGGAAUUGUUUGGAUUAUUUCUAUGCUGAGCAGUUGAUGCUGAAAGUGCACAUAAUGCAUUUAAGGUGAAGUCCGAAUAUAUACCAUAUUGAUGAAAACCAACUUGAAUCUUUGCUUUUUUUUUAUGGGGGGUAGGGCCCCACAUUAACUCUUGAAACGGGCCCCCAGAUGCUUAAGGCCGCCACUGACUAACGUUAAUGAAUAGAACCUUAUUUUUGCAUUACAAAAAUUGGAUUAAAAAUGCACAACAUCAAGAGUUUUAUUUCUGAAAUGUUAACUGUAAGCCAUUUACUGAAUUAAACGUGCAACACCUUGAAGUCAUGUGACGGCGUGGCAUAUGUACUGUUUCACAUGCUGUUUGUUUUUUUAAGCUGUAUUAGGGCUGCACGGUUAUGACAAAAAUCAUAAUUGUUGAUUAUUUCCCUUGAUAUUGUAAUUGCGAUUAUUCAUUUCAAUUAAUAGAAUUAACAUUUUGUGUGAAGCAGCUGCAUGCUAUAGUCUUUACAUACUGUAGGCUACAAAUCCAAAACAAGCUGAAAACCUUGUUCCUCAUUUGCUUUAUUUUAAUUGCAUGGAAAACAAAGCUGCUACAUGCCUCUGAUUUACAAUUGCAUUCAUGUACACAAUUUUAUUUUAUUUUUUUUUAAAUACGCAAUGGGACUAGACCUAAAUGGAGCUCUGUAAUUGACACUUAGCGAUUAUUUAAUUGUGCCAGCUGUAAUUUUUUUCGAUUAAUUGUGCAGCCCUAUGCUGGAUGCAGUACACUAGUAUUCCAUUCCGAACAUAUCCAUGAUGCUGGAGUGCAUGGCCGUAGAAUACGCGGGGGAUGCGUGGGACGUCCCCCUCACUUUCAAUAAAACCCAAAGUUCCACUUUUUCACAGGGCAUAUUUGUGUUUACGCUGUGUCUUUCAUACAGCAAAUGUGUAAAUGCUAAAGUUAAAAUUCACUAGUCAAUUUUUAAUCGAUUGACAGCCCUAAAAUAUAUCUUAUAUAUUUAUUUUCAUCUUUCGCUAAACAUUCUGUCCCCCUCACUUUUGAAAUGAUUGCUGCGCCCCUGCUGGAGUGUAUUGCAUUUUGUCAUCUGUAUAUUAACAGACUUGUGAGCAGUUUCAUAGUACUUUAACUUUGUUUCUGUAUUAUUGUAUCAGUGAAGUGAAUACCUGUUGCAGUUUGUAAAUGGACGGAUGGAUAAACAGAAAUUUAAUCUUACAUUUUCUGCAGUAACAAGUGUAUUAUUUAAGAGAUUGACAGCAUUAACUCUGAAUGUUUCUUGUCAUCCAUGAACAGUUGAAUGUAUAAUUUGACAAAUAAUGCACUUGAGCUAAAACAUGUUUUUCAUUUAAAAAAAAAAAAAUAAAGUUCAAAGAUCUUCAGUUUUUGUGUAACCGGUUGAGUUAAGGGCUAAACUCCAAUUUGUAUUAUGUACAAAUUAAAAGGUAUUUGAAUAACUUUAACCAAUAACCAACCAUUCUAGUAUUGAAUGCACAAUUUUUUAUGAUCCUCUUAAAAUGUUGGCCUGUCAUGUGUUUAACAGAUGUUCAAUGGAAAUUAUUUUUGUUAGAACAAUAAAAUAUAAUUUAAGUAUAACACUUAAGCAAAACUGAUGACUUACCUUAAAAAUAAGGUAAGUGCCAAAAUAUCGGUAUCAGCAUUUUUAAUUUUUUGCUAAA